AUGGACUGCGUGGCCUCCGUAGUUUCUGACAUUACGAAGGGUUUUGGUGGGGGCAUGGGCACGUUGGCUCUCGCUCUUGACCUUAAGGGUGCGUUUAACGCGUUUCUGCCCGGGCCUCUGCUUGACGAGCUGAGGGGACUGGCAGGUCCAACAAGGCUGCUCAAUUUGGUUUCCUUUCUGGUUAGCAAGCGGUAUCUCUUUUUCUCUUCCGACAGAUCCAAGCCGAGGCCUUGUGGGGUUAGCGUGCCCCAGGGGGGAAUCCUCUCUCCGCUUCUGUUCAAUCUGGCUCUGAGACGGCUUGGGCAACAUCUGCCAGAUGGCGUAAGCGUGGCCAUGUAUGCGGACGAUUUACUGCUUUACGUCGCCGGGAUUCUGGGGCGAGAGGCUUCCGAGCUGUUGGAAUUGGCUUGUGAGCAACUGACUCCCUUGUUGGAGAGGCUCGUGCUUUCUAUUUCGAUCCCAAAGUCACAGCUUUGUGUCUUUUCAAUGGGCAGGGGGGGAGGUCGUGGCAUUUCGAUUAGGAUCAAUCGAACAGUUGUUCGGAGUUAA